AUGAGCGGCGGUAUAAAAGAACAAGUUGAAGAAGCGUCCGAUGCAGCAGAUGCUGAAGUGCAAGCAGCUGACGCAACGGAGGUUCUGCGCAGAGCUGAUGAGUCGCGGAAAGGCGUGCGUGUGGUGCUUGAAGGUCGUGAACUACUUCGCUAUGGAACCGUGCCUAGAGGUGUAACACACAGUAAAUCAGAAUUUUACGUUGAGAAAAUUCCGAGUGAAGAUGAUGAAAGAAGAGGAGAUCUGUUGCAAAUGGAUUCAAUACCAGAAAGCGUUACAACUUCCACAUCUCCAACCUACGUCUCUCACGUUGAACAGCUUGGAUACUUGAGUGAUAAUGAACAUAAGCAGUCCAAAAUCGCUCCUAGAAGCCGGAUCGAGACGUUGAGAACGCGGUUAUGGAACUGGUUCCAAACUUUGGAUUACGACGGAGAACAUUUGAAUGAUCGACGAGAUGUUGAAACCCGAACCCCCACCUCUCCGCUGGGCCAAGAUGUCAACUCAUUUAUUGACGUGUUCUCGACCGGUGUUGUCGUUCUUGCCUUACUCGAGCUCUAUAAAAGCUCUCUACAAAGCUCCUAUUCGCUUCACUACUACUGCAACUCACUAAGUCAAACCGUAUUCCACCUGUUCUGUUCGGACGUCGAACGCUUUGUCUUCAAGAGUGAACGAAUCGCUGCAAUUGACGAAUUCUGCUCACAACUGGUGCUUCACAUAUUUAGAGAUAUUUACAUGCAUUAUAGUGACAAUUUGGGUGGAAAUCUUGCGGAAGACGAAGAUAGCUUUUACGAGAAGGAACUAACCGAUUCUUCAAUAUCGUCGUUAUUAUCCACUUGCUACGAAAUACUUCAAGUUGAUGUUGACUCUUCUGAAGAGGACUACGAAAAAGCCUCCAGAUAUUCAUCGCUGCAGUAUCCAUUAGAAGACUGGGAGUUGAUUGAAAGCCAAGUAUUUGUUUCGCCUCAACUGGGAGGCAUCAGAAGCGAAGAAUGUGAAGCAGUACAUCCGUCGUACUCUCCGAUGCUUGCGCAACAUGCUUCAAUUAAUGAUGAAGUUUCGAGCCAAUACUCGGAGCUACCUGAUGAGCCCGUAUCGAACAAUGCGAUUCCGAUCUCCUAUUUGGAAAGCAUUCGAAAAAGCAUUGAACAAAUAUCAAAAUAUGAGCCUGAAAUCUUUGAUGAAUCGUAUCUGCCACUUCCGCACAAACAAUUACCACCGCCCAUGUCGUCGUUGUCUGGAAUGAUUGAAGACAAGCGCAAAACUGGACUCCAAAUCACCGAGGAGAAGGCAAUUUGCCCACCGAGUCAGGAAUAUUUCGUCAGCGAUUCCGUUUCAGAUGAUACUUGCUUUAAAGCGCAGCUGCAAUUUGAGAGGAAUCAUACGCAAAGAAUUAGCGAAAUGAAGACUCACUAUACAGAAACGGACAAUGAGAAUAUCAUACAGAAACCAUAUGACGAAUUACUGCAAAUAAGAGAUACCCCACCCAGCAAUACAAAGAAUGGGUUGCCGGAACACCUUCCAUCAGUAACUAUGGAGGAAAAACCGAAAUAUAAGAUCAGUCAAGAGAAAACCGACACCGCGGAAUACAGAGCCGCUUACAAAAAACUUUUGACGUUUUCUAAAGUAGCCCAUCAUGACAUUUACACAGAUCUCCAAACAAGAUCAGAUUUAGAAUUUCCAAACAACUUGGCUCCAAUGCACGGACAAUCUCCUUCAAAGUUAAAACGUCAGCAUAACACUUCACAUCCACUGCGAGAUGAUUGGUAUACACCUUCAGGAACACCACAUGAUGAACCGUACGUCGAUGAAAGUAUUAUGUACAAACGAGAGGCACCAUGCAGACCUCCAUUACCUUCACAAAGUAUUGACCAACUGGAAGCAUCGCCACCUGAUAAAGUUGCAGACGGUUAUGUAUUAACUCAGCAAGAACUGGAUCACAUUGCUUGGAUUCAACGUCUGGCGGAAGAAACCUUGGAAGCGAAGCCCAUCGAUGCUCUUCCAGCUGCUGUGAUUGAGGACGUGCGAGAAGGAUUGGUGAUCGCAGAGGAAGACGUUCCAAUGUCAUCUUCAAUCCAAGUUAUACCAAGCGUUAAUGUAGUGCCGGAGGGAGACCAAUCCAAGGAAGAAUCUGAACCGACUUCGGGAGCCGAUCAAGGGACUUCAACAGAACAAGAGUCACCAUCUGAGGAGGUGGUUCUGUAUGAAAGGUCUUCUCCAUUGCUAGAAUAUCAACACGAAAUUUCCCCUCCACUAGAGGAAGAUCGGAAUCUCCCUUCAUCAACACGGGCUGGUGAACCAUUCGUCGUCGAAACUAUUGGGUACAAACGAGAGCCACCAUGCAGACCUCCAUUACCUUCACAAAGUAUUGACCAACUGGAAGCAUCGCCACCUCAUGAAGUUGCAGACGGUUAUGUAUUAACUCAGGAAGAACUAGAUCACAUUGCUUGGAUUCAACGUCUGGCGGAAGAUACCUUGGAAGCGAAGCCCAUCGAUGCUCUUCCAGCUGCUGCGAUUGAGGGCGUGCGAGAAGGAUUGAUGAUCGAAGAGGAAGACCUACCAAUGUCAUCUUCAAUCCAAGUUUCACGAAGCGUUAAUGCAGUGCCGGAGGGAGACCAAUCCAAGGAAGAAUCUGAACCGACUUCGGGAGCCGAUCAAGGGACUUCAUCAGAACAAGAGUCACCAUCUGAGGAGAUGGCUCUGUAUGAAAGGUCUUCUCCAUUGCUAGAAGAUCAACACGAAAUUUCCCCUCCACUAGAGGGAGAUCGGAAUCUCCCUUCAUCAACACGGGCUGGUGAACCAUACGUCGUCGAAACUAUUGUGCACAAACGAGAGCCACCAUGCAGACCUCCAUUACCUUCACAAAGUAUUGACCAAAUGGAAGCAUUCUUUCUUGGGAAACCCGAUGAAGUUGCAGACGGUUAUGUAUUAACUCAGGAAGAAGUAGAUCACAUUGCUUGG